CACACCGAUCUGAGCCACGCCGGGGCGAGCGCUCGCAGUGCGAGCUGAGUGUGGAGCCCGAGGCCGAGGGCGACUGCUCUCGCUGCCCCAGUCUGCCGGCCGCCCGGCCCCGGCUGCGGAGCCGCUCUGCCGCCCGCCGUCCCGCGUAGAAGGAAGCAUGCUGACCGUCGGCUGCACGCUGUUGGUCGCCCUGCUGGCCGCGCCCGCGGUCGCGCUGGUCCUCGGGAGCUGCCGCGCGCUGGAGGUGGCAAAUGGCACAGUGACAAGCCUGCCAGGGGCCACCGUUACCCUGAUUUGCCCCGGGAAGGAAGCAGCAGGCAAUGUUACCAUUCACUGGGUGUACUCUGGCUCACAAAACAGAGAAUGGACUACCACAGGAAACACACUGGUUCUGAGGGACGUGCAGCUCAGCGACACUGGGGACUAUUUAUGCUCCCUGAAUGAUCACCUGGUGGGGACUGUGCCCUUGCUGGUGGAUGUUCCCCCAGAGGAGCCCAAGCUCUCCUGCUUCCGGAAGAACCCCCUUGUCAACGCCAUCUGUGAGUGGCGUCCGAGCAGCACCCCCUCUCCAACCACGAAGGCUGUGCUGUUUGCAAAGAAAAUCAACACCACCAACGGGAAGAGUGACUUCCAGGUGCCCUGUCAGUAUUCUCAGCAGCUGAAAAGCUUCUCCUGCCAGGUGGAGAUCCUGGAGGGUGACAAAGUAUACCACAUAGUGUCACUGUGCGUUGCAAACAGUGUGGGAAGCAAGUCCAGCCACAACGAAGCGUUUCACAGCUUAAAAAUGGUGCAGCCGGAUCCACCUGCCAACCUUGUGGUAUCAGCCAUACCUGGAAGGCCGCGCUGGCUCAAAGUCAGCUGGCAGCACCCUGAGACCUGGGACCCGAGUUACUACUUGCUGCAGUUCCAGCUUCGAUACCGACCUGUAUGGUCAAAGGAGUUCACGGUGUUGCUGCUCCCGGUGGCCCAGUACCAAUGCGUCAUCCAUGAUGCCUUGCGAGGAGUGAAGCACGUGGUCCAGGUCCGUGGGAAGGAGGAGCUUGACCUUGGCCAGUGGAGCGAAUGGUCCCCAGAGGUCACGGGCACUCCUUGGAUAGCAGAGCCCAGGACCACCCCGGCAGGAAUCCUCUGGAACCCCACACAGGUCUCUGUUGAAGACUCUGCCAACCACGAGGAUCAGUACGAAAGUUCUACAGAAGCAACGAGUGUCCUCGCCCCAGUGCAAGAAUCCUCGUCCAUGUCCCUGCCCACAUUCCUGGUAGCUGGAGGAAGCUUGGCGUUUGGGUUGCUUCUCUGUGUCUUCAUCAUCCUGAGACUCAAGCAGAAAUGGAAGUCAGAGGCUGAGAAGGAAAGCAAGACGACCUCUCCUCCACCCCCACCGUAUUCCUUGGGCCCACUGAAGCCGACCUUCCUUCUGGUUCCUCUCCUCACCCCACACAGCUCUGGGUCUGACAAUACCGUAAACCACAGCUGCCUGGGUGUCAGGGACGCACAGAGCCCUUAUGACAACAGCAACAGAGACUACUUAUUCCCCAGAUAAUCAUCUGGAUGGUACCUGGCAGCUGGCAGGGCACCACGAGAUCAGCACACAAGUUUCUCAUGCGGGUCCCAUCCACCUGGGGUGGGGUGGGGCGGGCGGGGCUGCAGCUUCACUAACCCACAAGAGCUCUGCACAGGUUCUGAGUAGGUGCAGCUGGUGCUGCAUAGGCUCUGAAGGAAGGAAGGGGCUGUGAGGAACACAGGCCAUUGUGAAGACAGCUUGUGAUGACUGAAUAGAGAUGCCCGUCAGCUCCACAUCUGAUAGUGGCUCACAAGCUGCACCCUCAGGAGGCCUCAGAAAGGGGCUCCAAAGGCUGCCCCAGCUGCCUCGCUCUGCCUCACUGCCCCAAGCCACCUUUUAGCUCUCGAACUCCUAAAGUCCAAGCACUUUGCCAUUCUCUUUCCGAGGCCACUGAGGCCGGGUGGAAGCUUGGUUCCGAUUUCCUUCUCAACAUCUGGAAAGCAGCUGGGCCCGGUGGUGGUGACUAAUAUCUCAGGGCCUGAUGGUUUACGCGAGUGACAAUUUCUCACAAGCAGUUUUUAAAUGUGAAUGAUGACCCCAGGCACUGCUGGCUGCGGAGGCUUCAUUUUCCUCUUCGAUCUCAGGACUUCAGGCGAAAAGCGGAGUGGAAGUAGAGAGCGGAUGGGUGUCCACCGUCCUCAUGGUACUUGCGGGAGGUACAGCCUGGAAAACACGUUUCCUGUCCCCCUACUCUCCCAGGAGAGGGAUGAUGGUAGGGGGUGCCUCUUCCAGGGCGGAGAGAACUACUUUACCCCAGCCUUGCCCAUUCUGAUUUCAACUGGACUGGAGCUACUAGGAAAGUCGACAUUCAUGCAAAAAGAAAAAACGUUAACUAGCAAGAAUGCACUUUCAUUUUGGUUUUUAGAGAACUGUUGCCUGUUUCUCUCAAGAGUCUGGAAGAGGCCGCUCACUGCACACUACUGUAUGAACCCUCACUGCCCACCCUGGAGGACCAAGUGCAGUAACGGUAGCCCAAACACCAAGUCAAGUGAAAAUCGAGGGAAAAAAAAAACAAACAAGCAACAAAAAAAAAAAACCAAAACUAAACUAAAAAACAAAUCACCCCCCCAAAAAAAAACAAAACCAAAAACCAAAAAAAACAAAAAAACAAAACAACAACAACAAAAAAAACCCAAACCAACCCGCUGUUUCCUAUAACAGAAAAGCCUUUGGUUUCAUUUUUUAUUUUGAUUUUUUUGUCUUAAAAAGUAUAAAAAUAGCCUGUCCAUGCUCUGCUUCAGGGAAUGAGCCUGUGAACACUCCCAGGCGCAGGCAGGAAGGGUGUCUGCUUCCUGCUACACCUCACUGCCACCUUGGCCUUCCUUGCUUUACGUUUGACUGAGUGGCCUCAGAUGCUUUCCCCUGGGGCUUUGAGGAAUCCAGUGAUGUUAGUGGUCACCGAGGAGACCACAGAGCCACAGUGUGGUGCUUAGAUUAAAGUGACUUCUGCAACCACAGCACCCCACACCUGCCGUCUUACUGAACUAUGCCAGUAACUUGCCUUUUCUGCCACCACCACGAGACGAGACGGGCAGAGCUCGGAAGCUGUCACCCCAUGCCCUCUGCUUGUCCGCUCUAGGGGCCACUGACCUAAGCAUUAGUUAUUUUAUUUUAUUUUAUUUUUUUGUGGGUUUUGUACAUUUUAGGUCCUGUUGCUGUCUUAGAAAAGGCUCUGUAGGUUGACAGAAAAUCAGGCCAAGUAUUCAUGUUUUGUUUUUUUUUUUUUUCCUUCUUUCCUCCUUUGCUAAGUUUUUGGGACUCAAGGGUAGCAAAACUGCUGUGAAAGGGAAAUUUAUUAAAAAUGUUACAGAUCGUG